CAAAUGAAAAAAUAAUGCCCUUGAAUCUGGAGUGAAACUGAACUAUCUAAGGAAAACACUGUGAGCAAACACCAAAGGCCGAGGGAAAUCAUCUGAUCAGAGCAGCUACCCCAAGAGCGUGGCAGGACGAAGGCGGCAGCUGGGACGGGGGCCGAGGCCAUGUCCACCACCAUUUACCAAGUGGUGGGCUUCCUCCUGUCCGUCCUGGGCCUGGCCGGCUGCAUCGCCGCCACGGGGAUGGACAGGUGGAGCACCCAGGACCUCUACGACAGCCCCGUCACCUCCGUGUUCCAGUACGAGGGGCUGUGGCGCAGCUGCGUGCAGCAGAGCUCCGGCUUCACCGAGUGCCGGCCCUACUUCACCAUCCUGGGCCUGCCAGCCAUGCUACAGGCAGUUCGAGCCCUGAUGAUCGUAGGCAUCGUCCUGGGGGCCAUUGGCCUCAUAGUGUCCAUCUUCGCUCUGAAGUGCAUCCGCAUUGGCAGCAUGGAGGACUCCGCCAAAGCCAACAUGACUCUGACUUCCGGGAUCAUGUUCAUCAUUGCAGGUCUUUGUGCAAUCGCUGGAGUGUCUGUGUUUGCCAACAUGCUGGUUACUAACUUCUGGAUGUCUACAGCCAACAUGUACACCGGCCUGGGUGGGAUGGUGCAGACUCUUCAGACCAGGUACACUUUUGGUGCAGCCCUGUUUGUGGGCUGGGUCGCCGGAGGCCUCACGCUAAUUGGAGGCGUGAUGAUGUGCAUCGCUUGCCGGGGCCUCGCGCCGGAGGAAACCAGUUACAAAGCCGUGUCUUACCAUGCCUCGGGCCAAAAUGUCGCCUACAGGCCCAGUGGCUUCAAAGCCAGCAGUGGCUUUGAGUCCAGCAUGAAAAACAAGAAGAUAUAUGAUGGUGGUGCCCGCACAGAGGAUGAGGGACAGUCUCAUCCUUCCAAGUAUGACUACGUGUAGCUCUCCGAGACACCUCAGCAUGGGCAUAAGAAACCACCUCUUCCAUUAGAGCUCACCCAAAAAGACAAGGAAAUUUUACCUUGAUUCCCGAUUGCUUGUGACUCGCAGUCGGAAGUUAGAAAGCCUUGAUUUCAUCUGUGGUGCAGCCAGAUGGUCUUAGCCACUGGUCUCUUGUCUCUACAUGUUUUAUCACAAAACAACUGAGUUAUCAGAUGUGCGUUAGAGGUGAUAGCCCGCAUUUUCCAAUCCUCUUACUCCCUUUUUUUUUUUAAAUAUAACCUUUUAACCUGAUGAUAGAAUGUGGUUUGAAUUCCUAUCAAUCACUUAGAUAAUGUAGACAGACAAUCCCUUCUCCUUCCAGCCAACAGCCCAUUAUGAUCUGUUUCCCAGCUCAUCCCCCAGAACAAUUUGGAAAGGAAAAACAGAAUCAAUCAAAAGACAUCAUUUUCUGCUACUUGAUUUUGCCCCCCUCCCACCCUAAUUUGGCUUCUAAUAAAAACACUGAAGACAAGGUGACAAGGGAAAGAUAUUUCCCAUCUCUCCAGAUCAUUAUCUGAGUUUUCUUACACUGUGAUCUUGAACAUGACUUGGACCAAAGUGAUUUCAGUUUGAGGAAAGCAGACUUUUCCACUUCUGCUAACAUCUGCUAAUUCCAGCUGUACUCUCCCAGGAGUUUCCUGGGCUCGCCACCGCAGGUCCUCUUUCUGUCACAGCAAAAAGUGUCCCUAGAGGAAUGAGAAAAGGAUUUUUUUCUUUCUCUCUCUCUCUCUUUUUUUUUUUGUAAUCUAAAUAUAUUUGGUAUUCUAAAUAUAGUUAGAAUAAAUAUGUAUUAGUGAAAUGAUACACUGUGUCUGUGAAUUAGCCUCACCCCUGCACAUGAAUAGAAGGAAAUGAAAAAAUAAUUGCUUUGAUGUUGUCUAUAUUAUACUUUGUAAAAUCACAUUUAAGUCUGAAUUUCAUGAAAUGCUCACUGAUCCUAAUUCUUUCCCUUUGAGGUCUCCUGGACUCUGAUUAUAGAUGAUAGAAUCAGUGUAAUCCGUGUAAAAACCACAUGAUGGAACACAGCAGGUCCUAAGAAGUAAGGACCUGAAACUACUUCUUAAAAAAAAAAAA